AUGGUUUGUAAUUACUAUCCAAUGGAUCCUUUAGCUUGUAUAAGUAAAACUGAAGGCAUAAUGUGUAAAAAAGAAGUUAAAUAAUUUAGGUCAAUUUAGUGUAUUUGAUAAUUCUUGUUUGCCAAUUCAAAAUACAAAUGCAGGAUGUAUUCCUUUUUUGAAUAAAAUGGCAUGUUUAAAUUAACUUAAAAAUAGUGAUGGUAGUGAAGCUAGAUGUAUGAUUUAGAAUAUUAUUUGAAGGUUACUUUGGAUAACGAUGUAUGGAUGCAUAAGAAAGUCAUUUGAUGAAUUUGGGAUGCUCAAAAUAAUUUUCUAGAAACGCUUGUACAAAUGUAAUUGGAAAUGAUUGUUUUUGGAAUGGUAAUGAAUGCAAAUUAGCAUAAUGGAAAGCAAUAGAAAUAUCAUAUUGUUCUGAGGUUUACAAAGCUCCUGUAACAGCAAGUGCAUGUGCUAAAAUAAAGGGAAUUAAUUGUAUGAGUAGUUAAUAGGAAGGAGAAUAUGCUUGCAUUAACAUAAAGGAUGAAUAGAUUUAAUAUUUAGAUUGUAAUACAGUUGGUUUAAAUGAAGAUGCUUGUGUAAGAAUUACUAGAUAAAAAUGUAAUUAUUGUAAGUAUGUUAGGCAUAUUUAAAAAUAUGAAGUGUUAAGAGACAAAUGAAAUGACAUCAUGUAGUGAUUCUGUUAAUAAGGAAAUGUGUAUAACAGUAAUGAGUACUAAUUUAAUGUGUUAAUGGUAUAAAAAUAAAUGUUAAGAUGCAAUUAUUAAAGAGACAAUGAGAUGUUAGGAUUACGUAGAUGUAAAUCCUAAUGUUUGUGCUAUGCAAAACGGGUUUUGUUAAUAUUAGAAUGGAAGAUGCAUAGUUCCUAAAAAGAAUGAUUAAAGUUGUUCAUAAGAGGGUUUGAGUAGAGACACUUGUUUAGAUAUAAAAGAUGAUUAUUGUUAAUUCAAUAAUGGUUAAUGUAAAAGAUUAUCAAAUGAAGAAUUAUCAAAUGUUUUAUGUGAUAAUCUAAAUGAAGAUUCUUGUGUAAAUGUGACAACUUAAUUUUAAUUUUGUAAAUGGACUGGAUCACAAUGUGUUUCAAUGUUUAUAAAUUAAGAUUUAGAUUGUCCUAUAUCUAAUGUAGAUAAAUAUGUUAAAUUUAAUGGAAAUGUUUGUCAAUCUAUCUCCAAACCAGGUGUUAGAUGUAAAUAUAAUGUAAAAACAAAAUUGUGUGAAAAGAGUAUAGAGAGUGAUGAUUGUACAUCUUCAUAUUUGAAUUUAAAUGGAUGUACCUCUAUAUUAGGAGUUCCUUGUUAAUGGUUAGAUAGUGGUUGUGUUUAUGCUUAAAUAACAUAAGAAAUUACAAGUUGUUUAGAUUUAGGAUUUGCAAAUUAAAUAGCCUGUUCAUAGAUAUUGAAAUCAAAUGAAGAUGGUUGCUAUUUUGAUAUUGAUUCUUAAUAAUGCAAAUUAGUUGAUAAUUAGUUGUUAAAAAGAAUAGAAUGCACAGGAAUGGGAUUAAGUAGAAUUGCAUGUGCAUAAGUACUAACUACUGGUCAAAUUUGUAGAUGGUUUAAUAAUUCAUGUUAAUAAAUAAAAACAAAAUAAGAUGUAUCUUAAAUAUUCUGUUUAUAAAUGUUAUAUGUAAAUCCAGCUGCUUGUGCAUUAGUAGAAGCAGGUAAAGAGGUUUGUAGAUAUGAAUAAACAGCAAAAGGAUGUGUUAAUAGUUUAGAUACUGAAUCUAUGUCUUGUACUUAUCCUGGUUUAAAUCCUUAUGCUUGUGCAUAGAUAUAAAUUAAAAGUUGUUAUUAUGAUAAGAUUUUAUGGUAAUGUAAAUAAAUUUAAGUAAUAACUGCCAAUUAUGUUACUAAAAAAUUAACAGAUAAAUUACUAUUAGACUCUGAUUGUGUUAAAAGUUCACCAACUCCUGAUGUUUGUAGAUCAAUUACUAAAGUUGGUUAGAAAUGCACUUGGUUAUUUAGAGAGAAUAGAUGCUCAUCUUAAUAUGUUUCAUUUAAUGAAAGUUGUUUAGAUUAUAAUUCAGUUUAUACUGGUAAAAGUAUUUUAAUAAAUCCAAAUGUUUGUGCUUCUAUUGAAAUGGAAUUACCAGAAUAUGAUGCUGUUAAAGGUCCAUUAAUUGAUAAAAUGAAAGGUUAUUGCAUAUAUGAAGGUGGUAAUUGUAAUGUCUUUAAAGGGAUUUGUUCUACUCCUUGUUGCUCUGAAUUUCUUGGUAUUAAUUCACAUGUUUGUGGUCGCUUUUCUACAGGAUAGUAUUGUUAUUUUAGUAAAGAAUUAAAAUGUACUGAACUUACUAUGGAUAUUGUUGAUAUUACUGUUGAAAAAUAAGUUAAGGAUUUUUAUAAUUCAUUAUAACUCAAAUGUUCAUCUAUGAAUAAAAAUUCUUGUCAUAUGAUUGAAUGGUCAACUUAAUAACACUGUUAUUUUAAUGGAAAUCUAUGUGUCAAUAUUAAUUUUAAUUUAUUUCCAAAUUUAGAUGUAUUUACUUAACCAACCUAAAUAUUGAAUAAAUAUGCAUGUUUAUCUAUUGAAGCUAUGUAAACAGCAUCAAAUUCACUCAAAUAUUUUGGAUAUUAAGAUAAACAUUGUAUUUCUGAUCCCCCUAUUAUAGAUUUACUAAAUUGUGAAUCUACAGAAUUAAAUAGUAAUGCAUGUUUAGUCAAAUAUACAGAUAUUUAUUGUAGAUGGGAUAAAUAAGAAUUAAAAUGUAAAAAUAUUGAUAUUCAAUAUCUAUAAACUCUAAACUAUUGUGAUUAAUACUUGAAUGAAUUUGCUUGCAUUCAAAUUUAAAAAGCAAGUUGUUUCUUUUCUUAUUUAACUGAUAAAUGCAUUGAUUCACCUAGAUCUGUAGCAUGUGGAUAUUUUGGAUCUUCAACUGGAAAAGUUAGUAAACUUGCAUGUAUGAAUAUUAAUUUAGAUGGGUAAAUUUGUGGAUAUGAUGAAAUUAAUCAUGUUUGUGUUGAUUUAUCAAUAGAAUCUGAUAAUUGUGAUUUGACAGAUGGUAAUUCUAUUGCUUGUUAUUCAAAAACAAAAGGAGAUUGUAGAUGGAAUGAUAAAGAAAUGUAUUGUUAUGAAAAUGAUUAACCAAUAUAACAAUUAAAAUGUGAAGAUAAUGUUAAUAAAGAAUUAUGUUUAAAAAUAGUUUUAGAAGCUUGUGAAUGGAAUGUUGUUAAAUUAAAAUGUAUUAAAUUGAGAAGUUCUAUGGCUACAUUUAUAUUACCAGAUAAUUUAUAUAAUGCAGAAGCAUGUGUAUAAGUAUUUGGAGCUCCUUUUAGAUUUGACAAGGAUACAAACAAGUGUAUAUAAUUAACAAAUGAGGAUUUAUAUAAACCAUAAGCUAAUCCAACUGAUCCAUUAGAACCUAAUAUAUUUUGUGAUGGAACUUAAAUUUUAAAUGUAGAUGCAUGUUUAUUUAGUACAUUAAAAUAAAAAUGUUAUUUUGAUAAAACAUAAAGUGCUGAAAAUAGAUGUCAAACUUUUUUUGGAGUACAAACCUCUUGUAAUUCACCUUAUUUGAUAAGUUUAUAAAUGUGUUCAGAAGUUCCAUAAUCUUGUUAUUUUGUUAAAUCCACUUAUGAAUGUAAAUAUAUUAGAAUUGAUGAUUCCAUGAAAUGCAGUUAACUUAGAGAUUAAGCUGCAGAUUAUUUAUAUAAUAAAAUAUCCUGUGCUUCAAUUAAUUAUGAUUUUGAAGAAUAUAUUGGAGAAUUAUAAUGUUAAAAAACAGGGGAUCCAAAAAAACAAGAUGAUGAAUUUAUGUAAUAAUGCAGAGUUGAAAAAUAUUGUAAAUGGGAUGAAGAUAUAAAUACAUGUCAAAUUAUGGCAUUAAAAGAUUUAGAAUGGAAAUAAGAAUUAAGAUGGUUGAUAAAUUCAGAUGGUAAACCAUAUGAAGCAUUAGUUUCAUGGUGUGAAGACACACCUAUUGUUUACAAAAAUGAUGAUUGUCGUAAUAUAUUUAGUAAAGGUGUUUGUUUAUAAUUAUCAUCUAAAUGUGUUUUUGAUCUUACUAUGGGUGGAUGUUAUAAAAUUGAUAACAAUGAAUAAUUCAUAUUAUCAUGUGAAAAUAUAAUUGGCACAAAUUGUUUGAAAUCUAGAAAUCCUAAUGCUCCAUGUGUUAUAGAUAAUGAUAAAAAUGUAGAAUUUCCAAAAAUAGGUUCAUGUAGUGGUUUUCCUAAUAAAACAGAAUAGAUUUGUAAAUAAACUGCUCCCAGUAAAUGUAAAGAUGCUGAAGAUAUAGGUAGUACUAGUCCAAUUGUAUGCAGUAGAGUUAGUGAUAAUUGUUAUUAUGAUGGAACAAAAUGUUCAUCUGAUACAAAGAAAAAGAAAUGUAAUGAAACAUUUAGUUAUAAUGCCUGCCUUUCAAAUGGAUGUGAUUUUACUUUAGGUUUUUGUUAAUAGAAGUUUAGCAUACCUUCAUUUGAUAAAGAUAGUCCUUUCUAUCUUUAUUAAUGUUAAUACAUAAAUAAAUUGACAAUAAAAGCUGUUGUAAAGAGAACAAUUUGUGCAUAGAUGAAUUUUCCAUGUGCAUUUGAAAAAGAGUUAUGUGUAGCAGCUGCUUAAGUAACAUGUUUAUCAUUAACUCAAUUAUACGUUAGUUUAUAGUCUUGCAUUUAUUGUUUAGAUGGUGCAUAUGCAUAUGAUUAAGCAAGUUAUUAAUGUAUUCAACUUUUUGUUGCUUAAUAAGGAUGUGAGAAUACAAAUAAGUUUGGAUGUUUAUCUAUGACUACAGAUAAGAAUUGUGCUUGGUCAGGAACUAAUUGUAUAGAAUAAAGUGAUGAAGAUGUAUAAUUAUUAAGUGAUUGUUCAUUAACCAAUUCUUAUGGUUGUCCAAAAAUUCAAAAUGCCUGUUGGGUAUCUCCAAAAACUUAAUUAUGUUCAAAUGUAGAUGUGUAUUCCGAAUGUUCUUUAAUUAGAAAGUAAAAUGGAAAUGAAUUAGCUUGUAUUAUUAGUAAUUUAUAAUCUUGUUAAUGGUUGGAUGGAAAAUGUGAAGAUUAUCCAUUGGAUAGUGUGGAUUGUUCUAAAGCUAAUAAAUUUGGUUGUUUAAAUUUAAAUAAAGUUUCUUGUGGUUGGUCUGAAGAAGAUUAAAAAUGUUAUGAAAUUGAAUAUAAAGAAUCAAUUAGUAAAUGUUCUGAGUUUUUUAAUAGUAGUAAAAAUUUAGUAAAGUUUAAUCCAAAAUCUUGUUAAUAAAUAAAUGGAUUACCAUGUUUUAGAGAUAGAACUUUAAGAUGUAAUUCUUUAGGAAUAAAAGAUAAAGCAUCAUGUGAAACAGCAGGAUUGAAUAAUUUAGGAUGUAUUCUACAUUCAUAAGGAUAUUGUUAAUUUAUAGAUGGUUAAUGUAAGCCUAUCAAAGACUUAGAGAAAGUAUCAUGCACAUCUCCAAUUAAUAAAAUGGCAUGUUUUAGUUUGAAUCAAACAUGUAAAUUUGAGAAUAACUAAUGUUCAGAUUAUGAUGUGAGUACAUUCACUACGAUAGCAGAAAUAACAACUGAAAUGAGUUAUCCUUAUUCACCUUCAGUUUGCAAAGUAUUCAAAGAAUUAGAAGGGUAAACACUUCAAUUAUUUUAUGAUGAAAUAAAAGGUUGUUGUGUGGAUGCAAAUAAGGAUAAACCAUUUAUUUAUAGUUGCAUCACACAAGGAUUGAACGAAAUCACAUGUUUAAAAUAAACUAAAGGAAUGUGUUAAUUCUCUCAGAACAUGUGUUUAGAAUUAUCAACAUCAGAUUUGAAAAAAGCAUAAAAUUGUGAUACAAGUUAUAAUUGGAAUGCUUGUACUUAAGUAAAAUAGAAAUGCAAAUUCUUUUAAAAUAAAUGUUAAGCAGUUAAAGAUAUUGAAACUUGCAUUUCUUUGGCAGGAAUAAUUGUAUCUCCACUUAGUUGUUCUAGCAGAUCAUCUGAUACUAUAGCUUGUAUAUAUGAUAAUGAGAGUCAUUCAUGUAUUACAACAGAGGUGACUACUUUAACUUGUAAUUAGAGUGGAUUAAAUAAAUAUGGUUGUUAAAUGAACACAUAAUAAGAAUUCUGUAGAUUUAAUGAAUAAAGCAAUAGUUGUAUAGUAACUUAUGAAACAAAUUUGAAUUGUCAACAUUACACAAAUAGAAAUAAAUGUUUAUUUAUAAAGACGGCUAAACAAUAUUGUAAAUUUGAGAAUGGAUGUAUUACAUUAGAACCAACAUUAGUGAUUGAUUGUUAUAAUCUAACUCCAACAAAUCCAAUAACUUGUAGAGCAUCAGAAACAGUUGCAUGUAAAUAUGAUAGAGCUACUUAAACUUGCGUUUCAGUAACAGAUGAUAUGAAUAUAGAUGAACCUUGGUCCAAUGUAGUUUCAUUCAAUUAAGCUGCAUGUAUGAAAUAUUAAACUUCAACUACUUAAGUAAUUUAUACAACAGAUGGAUGUGUAAUGGUAGAUCCAUAAACUUUAAGUGAUUUAACAUGUGACUAACCUGUUAAUAAAUUUACAUGUUCUUAAAUAAGCAAUCCAACCUAAUUUUGUAUCUAUUUAGAUUAUUAAUGCCAAUAUAUUGUACCUUAAAACAUAAGUGUAAAAUCUUGUACAAAUAUUGGUUAUGUAAAUAGACAAGAAUUCUGUGAGUAAGCUGAUGAUGUUCCAUGUAAAUUUAAUACUUAUAUAAAAUAAUGUGAAUAAAUUGAUAUAGUAGCUGAUCCACUAACUGCUUGUAUAAGAGGAAUAAAUAAAAUUGCUUGUUAGUCUAUUCCUAAUUGUUAAUUUGAUUAAUUUUGUUUAGAAAUAACAGCUAGUUGUACUGGUGGAUCAGAUUGUGAAAAUGUUAAAGUAUAACCUUGCAAAAUUGAAAAUGGUAAUUGUAUUCUUGCAACAGAUUUGGAUACUCUUCAAUGUGAUUAAGUAGCUAAUAAAUUAGCAUGUAUAUCCAUAACAACUCCAUAAUAAUAUUGUCGUUUCUAGUCUUCAGUUUGUAGUUUAGAAAAUUUAGAUGAUUUUAAAUUACUUACUUGUGAAUCUAUUGUAAAUAUUAAUUCGCCUUAUUUUUGUGAAUAACCAAAUGAUAUUCCUUGUAGAUAUAGUUAGUUUGAAAACAGAUGUAUUGAAUCUUUGUCCUCAGAUAAUUUAGAUUGUAUAAGAGGUCUUAAUGAAUAUGCUUGUCUUAAUUAUACUAAAUAAGACCUUAGAUGUCGAUUCUUUGAAUUCUGUUUUGGCCCCACUUAACCUAUUUUUGAUUGUGAUAACACCAUAUUCGAUUGUUGUAAUAAAGCACCAAAUAAAAACACUUGUUUAUUGUAAGACAUAUUAAAAUGUUAAUGGAAUGGUACAUAGUGUAUUAAAUAUGAAACUGCUAUUACAUCUUGUAAUUUAACAAACACUUCUAAAUUAACAUGUCUACUAUCUACUGAUAUUAAUUGUGUUUUUGAUUUAUAGUCAUCUUCAUGUCAUCAAAUACUUUAACCUACUUCUUGCGAUUAACUUUAAUCAUCUUCAUAAUGUAGAAAUAUUCCUAAACUUCCUUGUGUUUGGCUUAAUGAAUCAUGUAAAUAUCAUGAAACUCAAGCUCAUUAACUUUGCCAUGACAUUGCCAAUCUUAAUGGUUCUUUUAGAGCAUGUCUUAACAUUAUUAGACCUGGUCAAAUGUGUUAAUUUAAAGAUGGUUCAUGUUAAUCAUAUUAUCAUUCUACUAAUUAAUGCUUUGAUAACAUAAAUAAAAUUGCUUGUAUUAGUCAAACUUCUACUUUCUGCAUAUGGAAAACUGAUUUUCAUCAAAUUAAAACUAUGAAAAUUACUGAACCCAUUUAAGUUGAAUAUGGAACAUGCUAACCCUAUAUUCAAAAUUCUAAUCAAAUUUGCAAUGAUAAAUUAAGUUAUCUAUCUUGUUUAUCAAUAACUACUAUUCGUUAAUAUUGCAAAUGGUUCAAUGGUAAAUGUACUUAAAUUCAAGAAACUAAUUAAAUUGUAACACCAACUACACAUUUAUUAGUUAAUGUAAAUACUUGUGCAUUGGUUAAUUCAGUCCCUGUCUAUUAUAAUCCUAUAAAAGCAUUGUGUAUACCUCUAGAAUACGGUGAUACAAUUACUUGCUUACCACCAACUCCUGGUUUAAAUAUGAAAGCUUGUCUUUCUAUUACAAAAUAAACUUGUAAAUGGAAUUUCACAAAACGGCUAUGCGAAUUCUCAUAAUCUUAAAAUUAAAGACGUCUUUGA